AUGAGUUCGUCAGAAAUUGAAAUCGUAUCAGACUCUAAUGAUCAAAAGAACUCAGGACGAAACCCUAGCGAGGUACCUAUAAUUGAUGUUUACUCUGCUUCAGCUUACGGAGAUUUCGAGAAAUUGCGAAAAUUCGUUGAAGAAGACGGGCUUUCUCUAUCUCAACCGGACGGUAGUGGCCAUUACGCGCUUCAAUGGGCUGCUCUAAAUAAUUUUGCCGAUAUUGUGCAAUAUAUAAUCGAGCAUGGUGGUGAAGUGAAUGCCACUAAUAAUGCGGGGCAGACUGCCCUGCAUUGGGCGGCUGUCCGGGGUUCGAUGGCGGCUGCAGACGUGUUGUUGCAGAAUGGGGCACGGGUUGAGGCGGUUGAUAUAAAUGGUUAUCGGGCGGUUCAUGUUGCAGCCCAGUAUGGACAGACAGCAUUCUUAAAUCACAUUGUUGCAAAGUAUCAUGCUGAUUUCGAUGUACCAGAUAACGACAGAAGGAGCCCUCUUCAUUG